UUGCGUUGUGUGUAUAUAUUCUGCAUGCACACACACACAAUGGGUGUAUAGGUGUACGCAGCGUUUUUCUCACCGCGAGCGCCGUCGUAUUAUAUCUCUACACUAUAUACAAUUUGCGCGCAGAGAGUAGUAUAGUAGUAGUAGUCUUACGGCACGCGCACUCACAUAUUCGCUGUGUAUAUGCGGCGCAGUGAUUCCUGCUUGCAAUGCGUAUAUUAUAAUCUUCGACGCGCAAACUUUGUCAUAUAAGUUUAUAAGCACGCACACGGGGCCCCACACCGCCGCCGCCGCCUCGUUGCCAUCCUUAUCUCUCUCUGUGUAUAUACUCGCGGGCAGCGCGUGAACUCGCGCGACAUUCCGACGGUUUAUAUACCUGUGUGUGUGGGAGUGAGCGUGGAGUGCUGCGCUUAUACAUACGGAGCUCCGCGAGCUCCGCGGCGCAAAGUGUCAACGAGCCUCGCGAAUCGUCGGCCGAUCGUUGUGUUAUUAUAAUACGUUCGCAGUGAUCUGUGUGUGCGUGUGUGUGCAGUUUUUCGGUGCGGUGUAUAACACGCUGUGCAACGAAAUAGUGCCGAUCGCGUGUGUAUGUGCGUCUCUCGUGUGCUUACUCGUAGUAAUAAGGAAAAACUUGCGGAUAUCGCAGAAACGCGGAACACAAGCUGCGCUCGAGGCGAUCGAUUCGUAGAGAAAGUCGAAAGCUUUUCUCUAAGUAUAAAGCAGCCCAGCAGCAGCAGCAGAGCAAACAGCAUAUAGAUAUAAUACACACUUUCUGAUUUCGAAAUUCGCAUUCGCGGGUCGCAGCAGCGAUCACCGACGAGUCAUUACAUUGCGCGUGUAUGUCUGUAUAGGCAGCUCUCCUCUCGCGAUCGCGAGGACCGCGUCGAGAAGUGUUGCUGCUGCUGCUGCGCGACCCAGUUCAAGGCUAUACAUACGUAUACGUACUGUACAUUAUACAUAGCCACCGCAUACAAGCGCGUGCGCCCGUAAGUGUGUGUGUGUGUGUGUGUGCCAUUAGCCCCGGGGACCGAUGAGCAUGUUUGCACCUUAGCACGUCUAUAAGGAGGAUGGACGAUCUUUACUGAAGCAUAUUAUCCCGAUACUCGAGCGCGAUAUAACCAUGUCGAACAAGCAAAAGCAGCAACAGCAACAGCAACAGCAACAACAUCAACAACAGCAGCAUCAAAAGGAUCAUGGCUCGUCCGCGGUGGUACCGCCGCGAUACCAACCACCGCCUCAGCCGCUGACCAAUUCCUCCUCCUCCGGUGGUAGCGGCAUCCUCAAGUCCCAUCAUCAUCACCAUCACCAUCAUCAUCCGGCCUACCCGGGCUCGGGUCUGCCCGUACCCGUGAGCGGUCUGACUCACCUGCAGCAGCAGCAGCAGCUGCACCAGAUCCAUCAGCAGCAGGCCGCGCGCCUCGCCAAUCAAGUCAAGGAGGCUGUGCAGAGCAAGUUUAGUCACAACAACAAACACCUACAGCAGCAGCAGCAACUCGGCGAUUUGCCACCUGCUGCCGUAGCUGCCAACAACCAAGCCGGAGGAGCUCUGUCCGCGAGGUCGGAAAAAUUGUCGAGCGCUCCAGGACCGGCAGCGGUAUCGUCGCACGGCAAGAGUUUUCUACCCACUGCCAUACCACAGCCGAAUAAUAAUCAGCAGUCAGCUGGAGGACCACCACCAGCAUCGGUCGUCAUCCAACAACAACAGCAGCAACAAAUCGCUCAGGUGCAAAACGUCGUCGGCCUGCCCAAUGGCAGCAGCAGCGGGGGCAACAGCAAUCAUCAUCAGCAACACGCUACUCAACUUCAGGCCCCAACGCAGCCGUCGAGCUCAUCCGGUCAGAGGCAGAGGAUAUCGGACGAGGAAUUUUUGCGCCUCGGCCCCAUCGACAUGCUCAAGUUCGUGCGAAAGACGGAGAGCGACAUGGUGCGAUUGGCCGCCGAGCAGCAUCGACAGAUACAGUCGCUCGUGAACGAGCUGCGAGCCAUGAAGGAGGCGAAUCAGCGUCUCGGCGACGACAAUCAAGAGCUGCGCGACCUCUGCUGCUUCCUCGACGACGAUCGGCAGAAGGGCCGGAAGUUGGCGCGCGAGUGGCAGCGUUUCGGCCGAUACACGGCGAGCGUCAUGCGCCAGGAGGUCUCGGCUUAUCAGAACAAGCUCAGGCAGCUCGACAACAAGCAGCAGGAGCUCAUCAAGGACAAUCUCGAGCUCAAGGAGCUAUGCCUAUAUCUGGACGAGGAGCGAGGAGGUAGCGGCGGAGGUGGUCAUGGAGCCGGUGGACAGAGGGACGACGGCGACGGAUCCUCGUCGAGCACCAACGCCGACGAGAGUCAGACACCGGCCAUGAAUCGACUGCAGAGGAAUGUCUAUUCCACAUUCAAUGACCAAACGAUGCAGUACCUGCGCCAUCUCGAGCAAAAAGUCAAACAGCUGGAGGAGGACAAGAGCAUGCUGCAGGCGAGGGUGCAGGGCUGGCCGGGUGGCGUCAGCGGCGUCAACGGCGUCAUCGGCGGCCCGAUGCAGGACGCCAACAACUGGGUGGACGGCAGUCCCACGCGCAACACGAGCAACAACAGCAACACGAGCAACACGAGCGACGACUAUCAUCUGGGCUCGCGACCCGAGGCCGUCGUCAGGGCGCUCCAGGUGCUGGAGGUGCGCGAGCAGCUGGAGCGCGAGGCCGGCCACGACGGCGAGAAGGCCCUCGUCCGCGAGAUGUGCAACGUCGUCUGGAGGAAGCUCGAGGAGGCGCCGCUCAUGCAGAACAGGCCCUGAGGCGUCUUGCAGAGAGACUCCUCCUUUACCCCCCCGACAAGUGCAAUAAUUUUACGCAACUCGUAAUUUAUACUUAAGCGUAUGAAUAUCUGUUAAUGCGCACGAUCGUAAAGUGCAACUACGAGAGAUAUUUAUUAUACUUAUCUAUAAGAACUUGUAAAUAAUUAGUCAUUUAAAAUAAAAACUAUUCGAUAGGGUAAGAAAUUAUAUAAAUAUAUUCGACAAACAAAAUAGUGUAACAAAUACAAUAGUUUUAAUAUAUAAAAUAUAAAUUAUAUGUUUACAUAAUAUUAUAAAAUUAGAUCUUUCUUGAUAAUGUAGUAAAAUUAAAGACCAGCUUUAAAAGUAA